AUGGAACAAUUUCCAAUAAUAGAAAAUGUCAGUUUAUCUUUUCAAAAUGUUUCAACUGAAAUUUAUUCUCUAAUUAAUUCAAUUCGACCCGAUUGGACUCCAUUAAAUACUCGUUUAGUAACAUUUACUGAAGGUUUAACAAAUAUAAUCUUCGGUCUUUUUGAUACUCGAACACCUGAUGAUCAAUCUAAAACAUUAAUUAUUAAAAUUUAUGGUAAUCAAACAGAAUUAUUUAUUGAUCGACAAUCAGAAAUAAAUGCUAUGAGUUUAACAUAUGAAUACGGUGUUUUUUCUCAACGUGUUCUUAUUCAAUUUAAUAAUGGAAUUAUAUAUGAAUAUGCAUCAGGUAAACCAUGUUCAAGAGAUGAUGUACGAAAAGAAAAUAUUGUGCGUCUAAUUGCAACUAAACUUGCACAAUUUCAUAAUAUACCAUAUCAAAAAAUUGAAAAACCUUAUAUUAUUAUAGUCUUACGUCGAUUUAUUCAAUUACUUAAUGAAAGUUCAUUUGAUUUAUCAUCUAUUAAAUCAGAUAUUGAUAUAAUAGAAGAACAUAUUCUUCCUCGUCUUAUUCCAAAUGCUGAAUUAGGUAAAGAUCUUGUAUUAUGUCAUAAUGAUUUACUUGUUAAAAAUAUAAUUUAUAAUGAAAAAACUCAAUUAAUAUCAUUUAUUGAUUUUGAAUAUACAAAUUUAAAUUAUGCUUUAUUUGAUAUUGCAAAUCAUUUUGUUGAAUAUGCUGGUGUUGAUGAUGCAGAUUUUACUAUAUAUCCAACUCGAGAUGAACAAAAAAAAUGGUUAGAAAUUUAUUUUCAAGUUCGUGGAAUGAAUCAACAAAUAAUUGAUGAUAAUUUAUGUCAUCUUAUCGAUCAAUUUUCUGCUCUUGCACAGCUAAUGUGGGGACUUUGGGCAUUAGUUCAGGCACGAAUAUCACAAUUAGAUUUUGAUUAUGUUAAUUAUGCGAAUAUGAGACUAGAUUGUUAUAAAAAUUUACGAUCAAUUCUAUUUGAAAAAGAAUAA